AUGAAUCCAUCAGAUAAUAACAACAAUUCAUUAAAACAUCCAACUCCUAUGGAGCAGGUUGAUGAACUUAAAUAUUGGUUAGCCACAGCACCUGCAAACUGGGAUCCUGACCAGAACAUUCAAAAAUUCCAAUUACCAACUGGUGAAUGUAUUUCAUGUGUAUUAUGGAACAGCCUUUAUCACAUAACUGGUACUGACAUAGUACGAAGUUUGGUAUUCCGUUUUCAAGCAUUUGGUAGACCAGUAAGGAAUAUUAAAAAAUUUGAAGAAGGUGUUUUUAGCGACUUGAGAAAUUUAAAACCAGGAACUGACGCUUCACUUGAAGAACCAAAAUCAGAGUUCCUCGAAAUGUUAUACAAAAAUAACUGCAUUCGCACCCAAAAGAAACAAAAGGUCUUCUAUUGGUAUUCAGUUCCACAUGAUCGUUUGUUCUUGGAUGCCUUGGAAAGAGACUUGAAACGUGAAAAAUUGAACGCUGAACAAACAACCGUGGCUAUCGCUGAACCUGCAUUAUCAUUUUCAUUUGACUCAACACAAUCGUUAUACGAUCAAUUCACAAAAGGUUGCUUCUCGCUUUUCCAAUCAGUUCAAACCUGCGAAAUUCAAAAACCUCAAAUGUAUCCAACUCCAGAGCUUGAAUACCACACAAUAGAAAGUGCAUUUGAAGCAAGCACCACAGCAAGCGCAUCACCAGAAUGCUUCAACUCACCAUGGAGCACAUCAUCAAUCGAUGAUCAAUAUAUCGAUGAUAGUCGUCACUCAUCACCAGACCAUUUGGAUGCAAGCAUACUCCAAGCUAUCGUCCCAUCGUCCACCGUCGCAACUCCAUCACCGUUCAACAACAAUCCAAAUGUUACGGUUGCCACAGCUGCAAAUCUUUUUGGAAUGUUUUCAAUCUUUGAAGGCUCUCCUACCUACAAACAAAGAAGAAGACGUGCAAACUCAUGCACAAAUAUGAAUAACGAACAUUGCAAUAACAGCGAUGACAAUUUAUCACAACAACAACAUAGAUCAAAUAAUGCAAAUUGUCCAUAUCCAAUGAAAACCUAUCCAUGUCCACUUCAAUCAUGCGGGCGUCUGUUCAAACGUCUCGAACACUUAAAAAGACACGUACGUACUCAUACAAUGGAGCGUCCUUAUUCAUGUUCAGUAUGUGGUAAAAGAUUUUCCAGAUCAGAUAAUUUGGCUCAACAUCGUAAAACCCAUGAACGUAGCUCAAGCAAUUCCCCACCACCAUUAGACGAUUCAUCAAAUGCUUCAGAUGUCGAAUACGAAAAAAGUGUCAUAAAUGAGUGCUACACUUAUGACAGUCCAAAUAUUCCUUCCUGUGUUCCUGAUGGUCUUGCCGUAUACACCACUGCCGACAACUCACCAUAUCCUAUAUUCAGCAUACAUCCAAAUUCAUACUUGACGAACAAUGCUGGCAAUGAGAUUUUAAUUUAA